GGGCACCAUGGCCCGUGCCCAGGCUCUCGUCCUGGCGCUCACCUUCCAGCUCUGCGCGCCGGAGACCGAGACUCCGGCAGCCGGCUGCACCUUCGAAGAGGCGAGUGACCCAGCAGUGCCCUGCGAGUACAGCCAGGCCCAGUACGAUGACUUCCAGUGGGACCAAGUGCAGAUCCCCCCUGGGACCCGGGCUCCUGCAGACCUGCCUCACGGCUCCUACUUGAUGGUCAAUGCUUCCCAGCAUGGCCCAGGCCAACGGGCCCAUGUCACCUUCCAGAGCCUGAGUGAGAAUGAUACCCACUGUGUGCAGUUCAGCUACUUCCUAUACAGCCGGGAUGGGCACAGCCCGGGCACCUUGGGCAUCUACGUGCGUGUCAAUGGGGGUCCCCUGGGCAGUGCUGUCUGGAAUAUGACUGGAUCGCAUGGUCGGCAGUGGCACCAGGCAGAGCUGGCUGUCAGCACCUUCUGGCCCAAUGAAUAUCAGGUGCUGUUUGAGGCCCUCAUCUCCCCAGACCGCAGGGGCUACAUGGGCCUAGAUGACAUCCUGCUUCUCAGCUACCCCUGCGCAAAGGCCCCGCACUUCUCCCGCCUGGGCGAUGUGGAGGUCAACGCUGGCCAGAACGCCUCCUUCCAGUGCAUGGCAGCCGGCAGAGCGGCAGAGGCCGAACGCUUUCUCCUGCAGCGGCAGAGCGGGGAGCUGGUGCCCGCGGCCAGCGUGCGGCACAUCAGCCACCGGCGCUUCCUGGCCACCUUCCUGCUGGCCUCCGUGAGUCGCUCGGAGCAGGACCUGUACCGUUGCGUGUCCCAGGCCCCGCGUGGCGCGGGCGUCUCCAACUUUGCAGAGCUCAUCGUCAAGGAGCCCCCCACCCCCAUCGCGCCGCCGCAGCUGCUGCGCGCGGGUCCCACCUACCUCAUCAUCCAGCUCAACACCAACUCCAUCAUUGGCGACGGGCCGAUCGUGCGCAAGGAGAUUGAGUACCGCAUGUCCCGCGGUCCAUGGGCCGAGGUGCACGCCGUCAGCCUGCAGACGUACAAGCUGUGGCACCUUGACCCCGACACGGAGUACGAGAUCAGUGUGCUGCUCACGCGCCCUGGGGAGGGCGGCACCGGCCGCCCUGGGCCACCCCUCAUCAGCCGCACCAAGUGCGCAGAACCCAUGAGGGCCCCCAAAGGCCUGGCUUUCGCUGAGAUCCAGGCCCGCCAGCUGACGCUGCAGUGGGAGCCCCUGGGCUACAACGUGACGCGCUGUCACACGUACACGGUGUCCCUGUGCUAUCACUACACGCUGGGGAGCAGCCACAACCAGACCGUCCGGGAGUGUGUGAAGCUGGAGCGGGGCGUCAGCCGCUACACCAUCAAGAACCUGCCCCCUUACCGGAACGUUCACGUGCGGCUCAUCCUCACGAACCCGGAGGGACGCAAGGAGGGCAAGGAGGUCACCUUCCAGACAGACGAGGAUGUGCCUGGUGGGAUUGCAGCCGAGUCCCUGACCUUCACUCCCCUGGAGGACAUGAUCUUCCUCAAGUGGGAGGAGCCGCAGGAACCCAAUGGCCUCAUCACUCAGUAUGAGAUCAGCUAUCAGAGCAUUGAGUCGUCAGACCCAGCGGUGAAUGUGCCAGGCCCACGACGUACUAUCUCCAAGCUCCGCAACGAGACCUACCACGUCUUCUCCAACCUACACCCGGGCACCACCUACCUGUUCUCUGUGCGGGCCCGCACGGGCAAAGGCUUUGGCCAGGCGGCGCUCACCGAGAUCACCACCAAUAUCUCAGCUCCCAGCUUUGAUUAUGCCGACAUGCCGUCACCCCUGGGCGAGUCUGAGAACACUAUCACCGUUCUGCUGAGGCCGGCACAGGGUCGCGGCGCGCCCAUCAGUGUGUACCAGGUGAUUGUGGAGGAGGAGCGGCCGCGGAGGCUGCGUCGGGAGCCAGGCAGCCAGGACUGCUUCCCAGUACCUUUGACUUUUGACGCUGCGCUGGCCCGGGGCCUGGUGCACUACUUCGGGGCUGAACUGGCGGCCAGCAGUCUUCCGGAAGCCAUGCCCUUCACGGUGGGUGACAACCAGACCUAUCGCGGCUUCUGGAACCCGCCGCUGGAGCCCAGGAAGGCCUACCUCAUAUACUUUCAGGCAACAAGCCACCUGAAGGGGGAGACCCGGCUGAAUUGCAUCCGCAUCGCCAGGAAAGCUGCCUGCAAAGAAAGCAAGCGUCCCCUGGAGGUGUCCCAGAGAUCGGAGGAGAUGGGGCUCAUCCUGGGCAUCUGUGCGGGUGGGCUUGCCGUACUCAUUCUUCUCCUGGGGGCCGUCAUUAUCAUCAUCCGUAAGGGGAGGGACCGCUAUGCCUACUCCUACUACCCAAAGCCUGUGAACAUGACCAAAGCCACCGUCAAUUACCGCCAGGAGAAGACCCACAUGAUGAGUGCCGUGGACCGCAGCUUCACGGACCAGAGCACCCUCCAGGAGGAUGAGCGGCUGGGCCUCUCCUUCAUGGACACCCACGGCUACAGCCCCCGGGGAGACCCGCGCAGUGGCGGGGUCACCGAGGCCAGCAGCCUCCUGGGGGGCUCGCCGCGGCGUCCAUGUGGCCGGAAGGGCUCCCCUUACCACACGGGGCAGCUGCACCCCGCAGUGCGCGUGGCCGACCUCCUGCAGCACAUCAACCAGAUGAAGACGGCCGAGGGCUAUGGCUUCAAGCAGGAGUACGAGAGUUUCUUUGAAGGCUGGGAUGCCACAAAGAAGAAAGACAAGGUCAAGGGCAGCCGGCCAGAGCCUGUGCCUGCCUAUGAUCGGCACCGAGUGAAGCUGCCCCCGAUGCUGGGAGGCCUGGAUGCCGACUACGUUAACGCCAACUACAUAGACAUUCGGAUUAACCGUGAAGGUUACCACCGGUCCAAUCACUUCAUAGCCACUCAAGGGCCGAAGCCCGAGAUGGUCUACGACUUCUGGCGCAUGGUGUGGCAGGAGCACUGUUCCAGCAUUGUCAUGAUCACCAAGCUGGUGGAGGUGGGCAGGGUGAAAUGCUCACGGUACUGGCCGGAGGACUCGGACAUGUACGGGGACAUCAAGAUCACGCUGGUGAAGACGGAGACUCUGGCCGAGUAUGUGGUGCGCACCUUUGCCCUGGAGCGGCGAGGCUACUCUGCCCGGCAUGAGGUCCGCCAGUUCCACUUCACAGCGUGGCCGGAGCACGGCGUCCCCUACCACGCCACAGGGCUGCUGGCCUUCAUCCGGCGCGUGAAGGCCUCCACCCCACCUGACGCCGGGCCCGUUGUCAUCCACUGCAGUGCGGGCACCGGCCGCACAGGCUGCUACAUCGUUCUGGAUGUGAUGCUGGACAUGGCGGAGUGUGAGGGCGUUGUGGACAUUUACAACUGCGUGAAGACCCUCUGCUCCCGGCGCGUCAACAUGAUCCAGACAGAGGAGCAGUACAUCUUCAUUCAUGAUGCAAUCCUGGAGGCCUGCCUAUGUGGGGAGACCACUAUCCCCGUCAGCGAGUUCAAGGCCACCUACAAGGAGAUGAUCCGCAUUGACCCUCAGAGUAAUUCCUCCCAGCUGCGGGAGGAGUUCCAGACGCUGAACUCGGUCACACCACCCCUGGAUGUAGAAGAGUGCAGCAUCGCCCUGCUGCCCCGGAACCGGGACAAGAACCGCAGCAUGGACGUCCUGCCGCCUGACCGCUGCCUGCCCUUCCUCAUCUCCACCGACGGGGACCCCAACAACUACAUCAACGCGGCCCUGACCGACAGCUACACACGGAGCGCAGCCUUCAUCGUGACCUUGCACCCACUACAGAGCACCACGCCUGACUUCUGGCGGCUAGUCUACGAUUACGGGUGCACCUCCAUUGUCAUGCUCAAUCAACUGCACCAGUCCAACACCGCCUGGCCUUGCCUGCAGUACUGGCCGGAGCCCGGCCGGCAGCAGUACGGCCUCAUGGAGGUGGAGUUCGUGUCGGGCUCAGUGGAUGAAGACCUGGUAGCCCGUGUCUUCCGGGUACAGAACAUGUCUCGGCUGCAGGAGGGGCACCUGCUGGUGCGGCAUUUCCAGUUCCUGCGCUGGUCCGCCUACCGGGACACGCCUGACUCCAGGAAGGCCUUCCUGCACCUGCUGGCCGAGGUGGACAAGUGGCAGGCGGAGAGUGGGGACGGGCGCACCAUCGUGCACUGCCUAAACGGGGGUGGCCGCAGCGGCACCUUCUGUGCCUGCGCCACAGUCCUGGAGAUGAUCCGCUGCCACAACCUGGUGGACGUUUUCUUCGCUGCCAAAACACUUAGGAACUACAAGCCCAACAUGGUGGAAACCCUGGAUCAGUACCACUUUUGCUAUGACGUGGCCCUGGAGUACCUGGAGGGGCUGGAGUCCAGAUAGCGGGGCACCCGGCCUGGAGCACCCACUGUGUGCUCAGAGCCAGGCCCGGCACUGGUGAGGAAGACCUGCGCCCCUAACUGCUCCACGACAGCUCCCCUGGGGGAACGCACUAGAGUGGCCACCGGGCCAUCUCGGCGCCCCUUCCACGGUGCACGGGGCCUUACACCGUGUCCGAGGGGCAGGCUGUGGGCCAAGGAGAAGCUUAGCGGGACUGCAGCCCAGCCCACCUGCAUAGGGUCCUGCAGGUCGCGCUGUGUGUCUGGCACUGCCUGGUAGAGUGACAGCGGCUCAGAAUCGCCGGCUAGGGAGGACCCGGGCCCAAGCUCCAUGACUCCAGCCUCAAGCCCCUUGUCUCUGUCCCAGCCCUUGACAGAGAUGAGUAAGGCCCUGUGGGGCCUGUGUGUGGCCAAAGUUUCCACCCAGCAUGGCUUCCUCUGGAUAGGGGUAGAGAGUGCAUUGGAGCUUGGCAUCUGGAAUCCCAUCUGGCCCGACCCCUGAGGGUCCUGGGUAGACCAGGCACAUCAGACGGUCCUCUCUGGAGGGGACAAUGCCCCCCUCCUCCACCCUGCUGCCCCUCUACAGCCCUGGGGAUAUGUUGCUCACAACCCCCCCCACUAUUACUUCUUUGACGUGCGCUCUGAGCUUCCUUGUACCAAGAUCUGCCUCCUCCUCACCCUGUUCUACGCGGGCCCCUUCCUGCCUGACCCAGUGUCUGCAGAAUGAAGGCACCUUAGCCCUUCUUCCUAUAACUUUCAGGCCUCACUGGCGGGUCCUCCUCAGCCUAGGCCAUGAUAAUCUGCAAAGUUGAAUGACAGCCCUUGGGGUUGAGGUCUGUUUGGCUCCGGGUCGGGCUACGCACUGGGGACGGGUCACUGCUAGAUCAGGGGUGCCUGCAGCUUCUCCAGUUCAGCGGAAGAAGGUGUAUUUUGGGACGGAGGAGCAAUUCUCUUUUUGUGAAUUUCAUUAUUUUUUGAUGGGCGGGUGGGAAAAUCUCUCGAAAAUGGGGCAGGCCACACCCCAUUCCGUGCCUCAAUUUCCCCAUCUGUAAACUGUAGAUAUGACUACUGACCUACCUCGCAGGGGGCUGUGGGGAGGCAUACGCUGAUGUUUGUAAAGCGCUUUGUAAAUAAAUGUGCUCUCUGAAUGCCA